AUGCAGCUCCCCCUCCUCCUACUGCUAGCCCUCACAGGCAUGCCGGCCACCGCCACCGUCAGCGCCCAUGCCCUCCCCACCGAAAACAUCGCCAGCAUCACCCCCCGCUCCCACCCCUACCCCGCCACCGCGCCCUCCACCACGCCCAUACUCCACCGCCGCAGCCCUGCCCCCGCGCCAGCACCCACCUCCCGCAAGCUUGCCGCCCGUGCACCAUCGCGGAGGCCCUCCCGAAGCAGCGGCCAAGCCUUGCCACCACGCGCACGGCAGCGCACCGCAUCGCGCCGCGUCAGAACAAUGAGCACGCGUCGCCCGCGACGGAAGCAGAAGGCGGCGGGGAUGGUGGGGCCGGAGAUGAGGGGGUUGGGGAUGUCGGGGCCGGGGGCUGGGGGGAGUGGCAGGAGUAGGGGGCCAAAAGGGUGCCGGAAUUGUAGAGGCCCGAGGUGA